AUGUAUUUAUCUGUCUAUCUAUCUGAGACUUUUUGUUUAUCUAUCUAUCUAUCUAUCUAUCUAAGCCUAUUUAUUAUCUAUCUAUCUGUCUGUGUCUUAUCUAUCUAUCUAUCUAUCUAUCUAUCUAUCUAUCUAUCUAUCUAUCAUUCUCUUCAUAUCUAUCUAUCUAUAUUAUCUGGUCGCCGUGAAGAUCCAAUCGGUGAAGCAAUCACGCCCAAGAUUGGCAGAUUUGGCGAAAACAACAACAAAAAAAGAAAAAUAAUUCAGCGAGAUGAUGGGUACCGCCGAAACCGUCUUCCCAGCCCAGGCCCCACUCUACUCCCCGACGCCUCACCUCGGAUAGUCCAUUUGCCAGAAUCGAUCGCGGCUUUUUGGGAUAAAAUAUGGAGUCUAGCCGGGCUACAUAAGCAUUCCCAUUCCGAUCGCAAUUCAUUUGAUUUUAUUCUCUCGGAGUCAGCCUCUCCCCACCCAACCUUACUACCCCGCCACACGUUUUUGUUUCUCUCUCUCUCUCUCUCUUUCCCACUACUUCUCUCUUCUGAUAUACAGAGUCUCUCUCUGUCUCUCUCCCUGUCCCCUUCUCCCGCGUAUACACAUACGCGUGCGACCAACGCGCGCUUUCAUUCAUUCAUUCACUCUCUCUCUCACAUGUACAAACUUACACAUUGUGUUUUCCAUACUUACUUUCUUUCUUUCUCUCUCUCUCUAUCUAUCUAUCUUUCUCUCUAUCUAUCUUUCACUCUCUCUCUCUCUCUCUCUCUCUCUCUCUCUCUCUCUCACACACACACACACACACACACACACAGAAACGCAUACACACAAGCAGGGACUCAGAAAAUUUUUCGGACUGAAAACAAAUGGGAUUUUCAUCUGAUUUCGAAAACUGUAAAGUCAUUCUCUCUCUCUCUCUCACAUAUACUCAUCCACACAGAAAAUCACUUAUUUUAUCUCUCAUACUCACAAAUACACGCCCCACCUUCUUACACAGUGAUACUCACUCUCAAACACAUACUCUCUCUCUCUCUCUCUCUUCCUCUCACGCAAUUUUACUUACUCUUCCUCUCUCAUUUUUCAAAUAAAUUUUCUUCUUCCUUUCUCUCGCAUACAUAUUUACUCAUAAUUCCCCACCCUCUUCCCCUCCUCUCUCUCUCCCUCUUUCCUCACCGGAUAUCUAUCUAUUUAGCUAUCUAUUUCAGUCUGUUCACAUGUUUCUCAGUCUGUUCAUAUCUAUCUAUCUAUCUAUCUAUCUAUCUAUCUAUCUCUAUCUAUCUAUCUAUCUAUCUAUCUGCGGUCUGA